UUCGAAGAAUUGAAGAAACAGAUAGAGAGAACCUCAGCAGAGAGAUAAAAAUGGCGUCUCUGGCUCAGCAAUUCACGGGCCUGAGGUUCUCACCGCUCUCGCCUUCUUCGCUGUUUACCAGGAGAGUAGCCAUAAACUUCCCGCAGAACAAAUCCUCUGCCGUACCUUCGACCGUCGUCGCGGCUGCGACGGCGAUUUCCAAUGCCCAGACGAAGGAGCGACUCGAGCUCAAGAAGAUGUUCGAGGAAGCUUACGACCGUUGCCGUACUGCUCCCAUGGAAGGCGUAGCCUUCACCGUCGAUGACUUCACCUCCGCUAUCGAGCAGUACGACUUCAAUUCCGAGCUCGGCACCAAGGUGAAAGGAACUGUGUUCAGGACUGACGGAAAUGGCGCAUUAGUCGACAUUACGGCAAAGUCCUCAGCCUAUUUGCCAGUUCAAGAGGCAUGUAUUCACAGAAUCAAACAUGUGCAAGAAGCUGGUAUAGUUCCUGGCUUGACCGAUGAGUUUGUCAUCGUUGGUGAGAACGAAAACGAUGACAGUUUGAUACUGAGCUUGAGGAUGAUUCAGUACGAGCUUGCCUGGGAAAGAUGCAGGCAGCUUCAAGCCGAGGAUGUUGUCGUGAAGGGUAAGGUUGUCGGUGCCAACAAGGGUGGGGUGGUGGCUCUGGUGGAGGGCCUGCGUGGAUUUGUGCCAUUCUCGCAAAUAUCAUCGAAAGCAACAGCAGAAGAGCUUCUCGAAAAGGAGCUACCGCUAAAGUUUGUGGAGGUUGACGAGGAACAAUCAAGGCUUGUACUCAGCAACCGUAAAGCUGUAGCAGACAGCCAGGCCCAGCUUGGAAUCGGAUCAGUGGUCCUUGGAACGGUUCAGAGCUUGAAACCCUAUGGUGCAUUUAUCGACAUUGGUGGAAUCAAUGGCCUCCUCCACGUCAGUCAGAUCAGUCACGACCGUGUCUCGGAUAUCGCAACGGUUCUUCAGCCUGGCGACACUCUGAAGGUUAUGAUACUGAGCCAUGACCGGGAAAGAGGAAGAGUGAGUCUCUCCACCAAGAAACUUGAGCCAACACCCGGUGAUAUGAUCCGCAACCCGAAGCUUGUUUUCGAGAAGGCCGAGGAGAUGGCUCAGACAUUCAGACAGAGAAUCGCGCAAGCAGAAGCAAUGGCUCGAGCCGACAUGCUUCGCUUCCAACCCGAGAGUGGAUUGACACUGAGUUCUGAAGGGAUAUUGGGUCAAUUGGGAUCAGACUUGCCGGAAGAAGGCGUUAAUCUCACCGAUGUUCCUCCGGCCGACGAUGAUUCUUAGAUUCCUCUCCAUCCUUCUUUGAACAUGAUCAUGUAUCAUCACUGUAUAACUUCGAGCUCCGUAUCUGUCUCGUUGUAAUGACUCUACUCUGUCGGAUAAUUCAAUUGAAAGCCACAUCACAGAAUCGUACUGGGCCUUUUAAUGUUC